AUGGGGUAUAAGACCCAUCGUCUCUUUGACCCCAACACAUUCGCAGUAGAUCUAUGGCAAGGUGUUGAAGCGGCAAAAAAUUCAUGCUUCCAGCUGCGACUUCACGGUAUAUUAGGAGCGUGUUUCAUCCGGUGCUUUGCGAGCCAAGGAGAACGUGAUUCCUUUCAUCGUAAUCGUUGUUCGACACAGUUGGUUGUUCAACCUAGACAAAUUCAUAAACGUAGAGGUCGGCUGGGAAAUGCGUCCUAUCAUAUGUCAGACCGUCUUCCCUCGCAAAUUGAACACAUGAAAGUGCUAGUAGAACAAAGUGAUACGACAUGGAUUGAACAACUUCGCAUGGAUUCAAGUGUCCCACCGGUUGCCGUGGGCUGUCCAGUGUUCCUUGGUGUGCUGCACGAACUCAUUCCACCUAUGGGUCUGCUCUGCCCAACGCUCGUCAGGACUUCACGAAUGACGCCCAAUGUGCCUCAUUCCAAGCCUCAUACUCGGAAAACCAAACUGGAGCAGCCGACUCGGAAGAUGCACCCGUGUGCGUGUCCAUCGAUGGGGCGGGAUGUUCGUCGGUCUCGUAGUCGUCUCUGUCUUCAUCAUCAGAGGCCUCCAGCUGGACCGGCUGACGUACCAGCUACUGCUGUGGACGGGGCGACUCCCUGGCCUAUAGAUGCCAUAUAA